AUGUCGCAGGCUUCGGAUUUGAAGGCGAGGUUGGUGGAGCUGAGGGACCAACUUCGUUCCAUCUCCAGCACCUACAGCGCCCUGUGCCUCUACCUGCGCGAGGUUGACACGUUGUCAGCUCUCGUGGCUUCCGACUACUAUGAGCUGCAGCGUCCGUCGGAGGAGAUGACCCAGCGUUUGGAUGAAUGGCGUUCUCUGGAGCGCCGCAUCUUUUACGCGUUGGAUCGCCACUCGCGAAGCAAUUUCGAGUCCUACCGUAAGACGGAGGCGCAGUUUCUGAAGCGCCUGGAGAAGUCCGGUGAGGGCGUGCCCACGAAGAGGGACACUGGGAUCCGCCUGAAGGUCCACCGCUUCAAGGAGGGCGUCAUCGCCAUGAAGUACGCCACUGAGGCUCGUCGCAGGGCGACCAACAUCGCCGACUUCAUCGUGGCGGUGAAGAAACAAAGUGGCCGUGACGUCAGCGAUCACUAUGACAACUUGAUAAUUUUGCAAGCGCUCACUGAGUGGACCAAGGAUGUCAUCAGAGAUUGCGUGCGGUGCACGGCCAGCAGUGCGGACAAGUUCACGAACGAGGAGUCGAAUGGGCAGAUAGUGUACACUAACGACGUGAUUCGAAACAUUCUAGAGUUUUGCGACCAGCAUACCGCGGUGGACGGGUCUGCGAAGAAGUGUGUUGGCACACAGAUUGUCGAGUAUAUGCUCGACCGUUCACCGGCGGCCCGCAAAGAUUCCGCAGGACCCGCUGUAACCACCGGAAGCAGCGACUCAUCGCACAUAACCUACUACCUGUUCAACUUGUUGCGCGAUUUGGAUUCUGGCCACCCCGUUGCCGUGCGCAGGCUCGAGCAGUUCCGGAGUGCAUGCAAGAAGCAAGGCGUUGUGCUGUCGAUCCCUCGGCAGAUUCACGUGUACCAGCUUCACGAAUACUUCUACAACUUCUCGAAGUCCUCUAAUUUCGUGAGUCUGAUUCACGCUACGCAGCAGACGGCGCUGCAAACGGUCUCUGCAAGCUUCGCCGCUGAUUUACUGCGGCGUAUCCUCGCCGUGGUCGAGGACGGCGAUUUCGCCAAGCUGGAUGCUGUCAGCAUUUUGACGGCGAUACGCGCCGCCAAAUUCCUCACCACUCCGGGUGACAAGAAGCUAUUGGGCAUCUGGAGCAGCCCUCCGUUUUCCAAAUGA